ACCCCUGGAUAUACCAUACGAGGGAUCAAUAAGUACCCCCUGUCGAUCGGUCACACCCCUGUGAGCCCAAUAUCUUGCUCAGGUGAACAGAAUAAUCCGUAGUCUAAGAAUUUGUAUGAAACACGUCAGACAGCACUUGACCCAACGACAGAUUGUAUUGUAUUGAGCAUCACUGAAGAGACAUUAUUUGUCGAAAUGCGCAUCUGGUUCAUCAAAAUUGGUACCGUAUAAGUUUUACAUUAUGACCCCUGGGUCGAGGCCUCUGCUGGUGGACUGUUAGUCCCCGAGGGUCUCUACAGCCCAGUAGCUAAGUACUUAGUUACUAGCUUGAAAAUACGGAUGUAUAUUUAAUUGCUGUUAUAAAAUUUAGAAAUUCAUUUCAAAAUUAAGGAUUAUCUCCCUCAUGCAUAGCUCUUAUCCUUAGACGAAUUUGACUCCACUUUUUUUGGCACGCUGUUUACCCCUAUAAUAGCUCUAAAACUUCAUAAUUGUUAUUUCGGAUUUCAAACAUUUCGGUUGAGCAUCACUGAUAAGACAUUAUUUGUCUAAAUGCGCAUCUGGUGCAUCAAAAUUGGUACCGUAUAAGUUUUACAUUGACAAACUGGAUCAUUAUAACGACCAUAAAAUUUGCGAAAUGUUGACGUUGAAUGAGACCUUAAAACUCUCGUAUCAUCAACUUGUUUUUUUUUUGUUUGUUUUUUUUUUUUUUGUUUGUUUUUUUUGUAGCCUGUCUCGAUUUAAAAUCUGAUUAUACAUAGAACAAGCAAUGGCGUAUCAAAUCAGUUGAGAUAAAUAAACACUAUAUAUAGGGAUAAAGGAAUGUUGUUGCUACAUGAAUAUGGGAAAUCGACGAUGGAGAAGGUGAAAUCAAAUGAUAAACAUCGAUGUUGAAUGAAAUAUAUAAGUACGAGGCAGGUGUGAAAGACUCUGAAGAUCUUGCCAAUGAAGAACUGCGUCAUCUUUUUGAUAUAUAAUGCAAAGUAAGUGUACGUAGAAGCAGAGUGGUGUUAACAAAUUAAUUUUUCAAUAACUAAUCAUUAGAUAUAAAUAUUCCUUUUCCCAUUUCUGUUGAUGAAUCAACCGUCUUUGAUGUCAAGAACGCUGCUAAGUUAAGGCUUCUGUUUUGUCUUGAUGGAUGAAAAGCAACGAAAAUGCAGGAGACCACGAUUUAUUCUAGAACAUAUGGAAGAAAUGAAGUUCAACAACUGUACAGGUGAAAUAAAUACAGAGCAACUGCGCUGAACAACACUUCAGUAUCAUCAUCGAACAGAGAGAAAAUGACAAGCAAUUCAAUACUAGUACCGUCAUCAACCACAGUAACAGAUACUUCAGUGCAAACGCUAUCCUCCAACACUGAGUCAAUGUCCAGUACAGUGACACCUGUAACGAGAACGGCGUUACUUAGUUCAACACCGACAAGAGGAUCACUUAGUUUAACGGGGGAUCUGACACCGACAACAGCGUCACUUAGUUCAACGGGGGAUCUGACACCGACAACAGCGUCACUUAGUUCAACGGGGGAUCUGACACCGACAACAGCGUCACUUACUUCAGCGGGGGAUCCGACACCGACAACAGCGUCACUUAGUUCAGCGGGGGAUCCGACACCGACAACAGCGUCACUUAGUUCAGCAGGGGAUCCGACACCGACAACAGCGUCACCAAGUUCAGCGGGGGAUCCGACAACAGCGUCACUUAGUUCAGUGGGGGAUCCGACAUCAGCGUCACUUAGUUCAGCGGGGGAUCCGACACCGACAACAGCGUCACUUAGUUCAGCGGGGGAUCCGACACCGACAACAGCGUCACUUAGUUCAGCGGGGGAUCAGACACCGACAACAGCGUCACUUACUUCAGCGGGGGAUCCGACAUCGACAACAGCGUCACUUAGUUCAACUAUGGUGCAAACGACAGCAACAGAUAUUUUUGGCACAACAAUUUUAUCAACCUGUACACAUUGUGAAUGCAUUGAAGAUGUAUAUAACGCAAGUGGAGUGUAUGAUCUGGCUGUAAAGGGAACCCCAAUCACUGUCUAUUGUGAAAUCAAAGUCGGACAUAGUUGGACGGUUAUAUUCAGACGAACCAGAGGGGAUGUAACAUUCAACAGAAACUGGACAGAAUAUGAAAAUGGAUUUGGCAACGUAGGCGGUGACCUCUGGCUAGGAUUAAAGAAUAUCAACUAUUUCACUAUGUCUGGAUGGAGUGUUUUGAGGGUGGAGAUGGAAGAUAUCGAUGGGUAUGCUGGCUAUGCCCAAUACAGUACGUUUGUGGUCGAAGACACCUCAACAGAAUACAGGUUAAAUGUCGCUAAAUAUGCUGGAACAUCAGGAUAUGAUGCAUUCAGUUAUCACGAUGGUAUGAAAUUUUCGACAAAAGAUCAUGACAAUGACUUGUCGUUGUAUACGAACUGUGCCUCUCACUACGGAGAACCCUGGUGGUCCAGAAACUGUGCACGGAUGAAGUUUACAAGAGACAACUUUAACGAUCUUGGAUGGGGUAAUUGGUACAUGGGAAACUACAAACAGUUAGUGAAAAUUACGAUGAUGAUCCGAAAACCAGUAGUUAUCGAUACAUCAGGAUGUGCAGAUUGUGAUUGUGUUGGCGCAUUGACCAGUGAGAGUAGAGUGUAUAGGAUAACCGUGAGAGGAAAUCCGACUGAUGUGUACUGCGAAAUGAGGAACGGUUAUAACUGGAUGGUUAUUUUCAGAAGAACUAUUGGCGAUGUUGCCUUUAACAAUAUGUGGACAACUUAUGAAAAUGGAUUCGGAAACUUGAACGGCGAUCAUUGGUUAGGUCUAAAGGAUAUAAGCUAUUUCACAUCCUCCGGUUGGGACUGUUUGCGAGUGGAGAUGGAGGAUGUCGACUCCUAUAUUGGCUACGCUCAGUACAGCACCUUUGAAGUCGGCGAUGCAUCGACUGAAUAUAGACUCAGCAUAUCAGGAUAUUCUGGAACCGCUGGCUAUGACGCAUUCACUUACCACAACAACAUGAAAUUCUCAACACGAGAUCGUGAUAAUGAUCUAUCAGCUACAAAGAACUGUGCCUCUUUGUAUGGCGAACCCUGGUGGAACAACGAUUGCAGUCGAAUGAUGUUUACUAGGGACAAUUUUAGGGAACUUGGGUGGUACAACUGGUACACAGGCAACUACAAACAACUGGUGAAGAUCACAAUGAGUAUCCGUAAAUCAGGCUGAGUUCGGAUAGAUACUCUUGGCAUUUGUAGUGCGAUACUUGUGCACGUGUUUGUUCAAGGUUUUUGCGUUAAUAAAAUAUCACAGCAAUACAAACUACGAGUGAUAAAAAGUGAAACCUCUUUGUACAAUAAAGUUGCAUUUUAAUGUACGAUUUCAAAUAUACUUCAAGCAUGUUCAAAGUAAACCUGGCACCGCUGUAUCUCGCUAAUUACAUUACAUGUAUAUUUCAAUUUCAUAAUUGUUUAUUCUCCUGAUUCUAUCGUGCGAGAUUAAAAAUAAGGAUCUCCUCUGGAAUAUCAAAAUGCCUAACUUCAUCUAAUAAUUAUCAGUUGUAUAGUCGAAUGAAUGUUGGUUAUUAAAUGAC